AGCUGUCCGACCUGAAUCGAUUUGCGGGUGAACCUCCGCAAACAAACUAAAUCCUAUAAGAGACGCGUUCAAUGUCACAAGAAGGGAGGACAAAAGGAGGUCUGAAUCCUUUUAUUAUCGAGUUAAUGUGACUGUAUGCCAGCUUUCCUGUGCAUCUCUGGAUGGAUACUAGAACCGCCUCCCCUCCUUCGUCGGUGCUGAUGGGCCCUUCGUCCUCGCCGUGGCGCCUGGCUGAGAGGAGAAACAGAAAGGCGGGCUCGGGGAAUAUUUUCAGCAGCGUGAAUCUGUGGCAGCUCCAAAGACUGUUCAGGGCAGCUGGAGACCAGGAUGCCGAGCAGAGGGCCCAGCUGAUUUGGGGACACAGAGAUGAGGCAGAGCUGGCUCAGGCUCUACUAGGACUGAGAACUCGAAGUCAACGAAGAGCGCUGAGAACUAAUGGGAGAGAUGCUCUGGGCUCUCACUGGCUGCGAGCCUUUGAUCACCUCAGAAUUGGAGAGAGCUCGCCAAGCAGCCGUGAGAGGGACUCUGGGGAGGAGAGUGGUUGUAAAGCAGAGGCUCAGAGGAGUCCAGAACCCCAAAGACACACAUCCGUGUCUGUGAGGGCAACGGCACAAGAAGCAGGGGCCAAAUUAGCACUAACUGAGAGACAGAGACCUGCAGGGCCCUCUGAGAGACCAGCUACAUCCAGCUCAGGACUGAAGAGAGGAGGGGAUCCCGAGAGAUACCUCCACCGAAUACGCCACUGAAGAGACAGAACUCCAGGAGAGGACACGGACAAAUGUCCUCCAGCUUGUAUUGAAACUAUAAAGCUGAGGGAACAUUUCCUCGUAAUGUUUGUAAUGCAUUGAACCGUUACAGCUUUUUCACCAUGAACCACAGAC